UCCGUUCCAGAGAUGCCGCCUCUUCGCUGUGUAUUCUGGGUAUAGACAGUAAUUCCACGAUGGCGGCGAGCAGGAGGCUACAUAAGGAACUUGAUGAAAUCCGCAAAUCUGGAAUGAAAAACUUCCGCAACAUUCAAGUGGAUGACUCAAAUAUUUUGACUUGGCAAGGCCUUAUUGUUCCAGACAACCCCCCAUAUGACAAAGGUGCAUUUCGGAUUGAGAUCAUCUUUCCUGCUGAGUACCCCUUCAAACCCCCCAAGAUCACGUUCAAGACAAAGAUCUACCACCCCAACAUCGAUGAGAAGGGCCAGGUGUGCCUGCCUGUGAUCAGUGCAGAGAACUGGAAGCCAGCCACAAAAACUGACCAGGUGAUCCAGUCCCUUAUUGCUCUGGUGAACGACCCCCAGCCAGAACACCCAUUGAGGGCGGACCUAGCCGAGGAAUACUCUAAGGACCGUAAAAAAUUCUUUAAGAAUGCAGAAGAGUUUACAAAGAAACAUGGUGAAAAGCGACCAGUGGACUGAGAGAGUGACGGUGUGAUUCCUGGCCUACUCUCUUCUCCCCACCGUUCUUAUUCCAAGCCCCCCCCAUGCCAUCCAUCACGGCUCCUGCCCCCCAAAACCUCAAAAAUGCCCAUUACGUGCAUACUUGUUCCCCUUCAACUGCCCCAGAGCCUGCCCAUCUGCAGAUGAAGUGGUGUAUCUCAGUUUCUCUUUUCCCUGGGCUGGCAGCAGGACUUGUUAGUGAUCCGGCUCUCACCCUCUGGUGGCCACUUAUGGCUGUUACUAACUUUCUACUGAUUUUCUUAAAUUACACACAUUUUGAAUUGGUCUAAGAAGGCAACUCGUCACAGAAAUGAAAGAAAGAGGAUGACAAAAAUGCUGUUCUGCUUGAUUUGUUCAUUUGAUUUGUUCAUAGUUUAUUGAAAGCCAAGGCAGAACCCUGUAUUAUUGAUCGUUUUGGAGACUAAAUGUAAGGCUCGACUCUUGUAGUAUUAUGGCUAAUUAUUUUUUCCCUUUCACUUCCCUCCCCCAUCACCAAAAUACGUAACAAAACACACCACCCCAAUGGCAACAAAAUGAUAGAUAACACUUAAAACAUGAAAGUUCAGGAGUUGUGUGGUGGAAUGUUUCUUUUAUGUUUUUUUGUUGCUAAUGUUGCACUUUACUUUGUGGAACUAGCUUUUAAGUUUACUAUAAAACUGCAGUUUAUCACCAAUACAAUGUUUCAGAUUAUAUAAAAAGUAAAACUGUAUGUGUGUCCCUUCAGUUCAAAAUUUAUAUUUAAGAUUAUUAGUUUGGAAUUUAAUUUACCUGUGGCACUUCCAAAGGACAAAUUGCACUCUUUAUGCCUUUACCCAUAUAUUGUUUCAGGAAGCAGUUGGCCAUCUCCAACAACUGUACGGUGGUCAUGUGAAUAGCUUGUUUGACCCCUUGAGUAGCACAGGUUGUUGUGGAAGUUUGUUUGACAAAUAGUUUCUGUCUUUCACUGGCUUUAACUCAGUCACCACUAUAUGAGACCAGAAACUGUUGUUAGAUGUGUAUAUGAUUGUCCACCACAAGAUGCGUUGUAUGACCUUGGAGUUCAGGAAAAAAGGUGUAACAUGUUUGGUUAAGUUGCAUAUGGAUCAGACAAUAUAACAUAACACACCUAGUUAUGAUCUCUAUCAUUACUAUUCUGGAGUGAUUGAUCAACAUUAUUAUAACAGCCUCUUUUGAAGUGUUUUUUUUCAUCUCGCACAGACCCUCCCAAUCUUUUAUUACUUAGUUAUAGAGCAUAAAAUCCCAAGGUCAUGUCAAGGAUGGACGAGUGCAGCAGCCUAAAAUUGAACUGGACCAAGAACACAGAUGAGGCAACGUGCUGUCUGCGGGUAUAGGUCUGUUAUUGUGUGCGUAAACAGAUGUCUAACUACAUAGGCACCUUUGAUCCCCACAUAUUCUUCUCCCUGAUGUCCUGCUUAUUGUUAAGCUCUUUCUUUGAAACCCAUUCUCAUAGAUGGGUGUCAGUUGUUGAGGGUCAGUUAUAUCCUUGAUAACAUUAACGGGUUGAGGGUACAGUAGCCUUUAAUGCCCUCUUCCACUAUCUUCAUCCUGUCUCUGACCAAACUGUAGAAAUCAGUGUGUCAACAGUGUUUAAUUUAGCUAAAGCAGAAAUAAAACAACAAGCAGGCCGUACCGUACAAGAUGACAGUAGAGGAUCAGAUAUGCUUUUGGGUUGUCUAAGUAAGGGCCUUAUCAUGUAUCAAUAAAACACAAAUGAUACUAUCA